ACCUCUUCACAUCUCCCCAGCCUCUGGUUUUUCCACAACGUAGCAAAGGUAAGCUGGUAGAUCCGUGAGGCCGCAGCGAUGUCGGACGUGACGGCGGUGAUGCAUCUGCGGGGGGAGGAGCCGUGGCUGGCGCUUCCUCCAGGUUUCCGGUUCCACCCCACCGACGAGGAGGUGGUCACGCACUACCUCACCCCCAAGAUCCGCAACCCCGACUUCUCCUGCCUCAUGGUCGCCUACGUCAACCUCAACAACACCGAGCCGUGGGACCUCCCGAAAAAGGCGAAGAUGGGCGCGGGCGAGACGGAGUGGUUCUUUUUUGUGCACAAGGAUCGGAAGUACCCGACGGGGACGCGCACCAACCGGGCGACGAAGAGCGGCUACUGGAAGGCGACGGGUAAGGACAAGGAGAUCUUCCGCGGCACAGGACUGGACGCCGUCCUCGUCGGCAUGAAGAAGACGCUCGUCUUCUACCGCGGCCGCGCCCCCGGCGGCCAAAAGACGUCGUGGGUGAUGCACGAGUACCGCCUCGAGGGCGAGCUGCCCCAUCGCCUACCCCGCUCCGCCAAGGACGAUUGGGCUGUUUGCCGGCUGUUCAACAAAGAAUUGGCCGCGCAGAAUGCACCCCAGAUGGCGCCGGCGGCCGACGCGGACAUGGAGGAGGAGGACCCGUUCGCCUUCCUCGAUGAGUUGCUCAACAGUGAUGACUUGCUCAACAACGCUGGCCUGUUCGGCAAUGCCGACCCGCCGAUGCUCAUGGACUAUCCGUCAGGCGCCAUAGACUUCGCCGGCGCUUCCAGCUCCACCUCCAGCGCGGCCCUGCCGGUUGAGCUGGACAUGGAGCAUCGGACCCGCAAGAUGGAGCCACCGGCGCCGCAGCAGCAGAGCCCAAACUACAUGUGGAAGAUGUGAUGAGACUAAUGAAUCCAUCCAUCUAUGACCCGGACUAGAGCGUCUCAAUUUGCUGGUAGCUAUAUAUAGAUGGUUAUUUGGUUGGAGCUACCUCUUCGAUUGAUUAGUUGCUUCAUUAACUUCGAUUAAGGAUCGAGUUAGUUGAUAAAACUUAUUGUGUAUUGAUGGAGCUGAACUAUUCCCCUUCUGAAUGUUCUAUUUAUUCUAUUGUUCUUAAUAAUACAUGCCAUGGUUGA